AUGGACGAUCAACUCAUCGCGUCAGACAAUACCGAUGAUGAUCAAGCCCAAGGUGAUGGAUCAUCUUCUCCAAGUAGUUCGGACGACGAAAAUAUUCAUCCUUUAACACGUUCAUUAACAUCGUUCUUAUCAACGGAAGAUAUUGAUAAAUGUCUCUAUGUGACAAAUAUUAAUUGGCGACGACGAUUUUCGAUUCGUCUAUCAAAUGGUCAAUUAAAUGAUUUAUCGUACGAACGUCGCGAACGUGUCUAUUCCGCAAGUUCAACUGAUCAGAUCAAUCUAAAUCGAGCCAAUCCGUUGUACCUAUCACGUUACCGGAAUUCUUGUUGGUUCCGUUGUCGAACAGCAUCAUCUUCAUCAUCAUCGUUUGAUGAAUAUAAUUCAUCAGAUUUGAACGAAAAGUUCGCUUCAUUCAAUUCCACACAAACAGCAUAUGCCCGUUUGAAACGCUUUACUGAACGAUUACUUGAAUUGGAGCGGAAAGCACACGAAAGCGUUUUUACUAACAAAUACAAUCAUAAGACUUCAUCGAAAACAGACUCGUCUGUAGAUACUAAAGCCCAACAAGAGACGAAUCGAUCAUUUCAAUCAGCGAAAACAAAUUCUAAACUCAAACUUCGUCGCGUUCAAAGUCAUCCACAAGUAGUCAAAAUCAAGCCUCUCCAUGCUGAAUCAAUACGGCAAGUGAAAACUAUGUCUACGAUCAAUGUCCUACCCAUGGAAUCGUCAUCAACACGCCGCUCUUCAUGUGUAACAUAUCCGGUAAACAAUGAAACAAUUCCUCAAGAAAAAGCAGCUCCAGUCGCCAAGGACAAGAACAUUUCCUUUCAAGUUAGCUCGACGAAAAUCAAUCGGAAAGUUGAAGUUAAAACUAAACAAGAAGAUAAAAUCUGUACAAAAAAUAAUCAAACUUCAUCGCCAACGAUAGUCACUCGAAUCAUCAAAACACAACCAGCGACGUCACCACAUCAUGUUAGUGUUCAACAGCAGCCAAGAUCGUCAGUGACAGACAGUUCGAUACACCGUGUUCGAGUUAGUGUCAGUUCAUCUCCUCAAGGAAAUGAAUUGACGAGAAGUUCUUCAAGUCAAUUUGUUUUUCCAGAACCUUCCAAACCAACUUCAAAUCACGAAUCGUCAACAAGCAACGAUGAUUCCUAUUCCAAAAUGAUCUCAAAUUUUGUUUCAGAAAAUCUUGCCGAAUCAUCGAAAUUGGACGUCGAAGAAACGUUCGAUCGUCGACCUUUGCUUGAUCUAAUCAGUGAAUUAAAUCGUCGACAUACAUUAAAUCAAGCUCCAGUAAUUCCUCCACUUGAUAGAGCACAAUCAAUCGAAAGACGAGCAGAUACACCAUCGCCAACCGAUAUUCUUCCGCCGAAACCUCUCAGUCCUUUUCGGCCGGUGAUUGUUCAUAAGAAAUAUCAAGAACCUAUUGGGCGAUUUGAAUUCGUGGAUGGUAGUGGUGAUUCAACACCAACGCUGAGUCGACAGAAUAGUCGGGCUUCAGUGACACGCAGUCAUACAUUCAACACCUCAACGAACAACACUUCAAAUUUGAAGAAGAUACCUUUGAAUGAAAUGAAACCAACAGAUGAUUCGACGUGUCAAUCAACGCCUGAAUUGAGUUGUUCGAACGAAAGAGAACGCGAAAGAACUGAGCCGACAAUUCAGAUUGAAGAAACUUGUGGAUUAUCAACGAGUGGUACUAUUCUAAGUAGUACAUCACUCACAGCACUGACUCCUACGUCGAGUGGAACGAUUGACGACAAGAACGAGACAUCACAUUCACCGCCGUUAAUUCGAGCAACCACGCCUGCUCCUAAUGAUCGAUCAACACAAUCGAAUUUUACCUUUUAUGGAGUUCGACGUCAUCAUUCCGCACCACAGCAAGAGUGUCGUUGGCAACAGGCCAAACGAAAAGCCAUUGCCAUGCAAAUGUACGAUACCGAGAAAUCCUAUGUUGAAGCGCUGAAAAACCUCGUGACGAAAUAUUAUUUACCCAUGAAAGAUAAAGCUGUUAUUUCGAAUGAUCUUGUCAAUGAUAUUUUUUAUAAAGUUCCCGAAAUCCAUAUUCAUCAUACGGCAUUCUUGAUCUCGCUGUCACAGAGAUUAUCUCAAUGGGAUAAUAAACAAACUGUGGGUGAUCUUCUUUUUCAGAUGUUUACCCGAACAUCAGUCAUCGAGACGUACACAAGUUUUGUUAAUAAUUAUAAAACAGCUCAAAUUGCCAUUCGUCUCUGUCGUGACUCGUCGUCGUUUAAUAAAUUUCUCGAACAACAAGCGCGAAUUCAUCGUGGCCGAUUAACGUUACGCGAUCUGAUCAUUCAACCGGUGCAACGUAUUCCAAGAUAUGAACUAUAUAUCAAAGACUUUCUCAAAUGUACAAAUUCAAAUCAUGCAGAUUAUCCACUAUUGCUUAAAGCACAAUCGGAAAUUCAUUCGCUAGCUGAACAAAUUGAUCAAGUACAGAAAGAUGUUGGUUCAACUGAAUUAACCGUAACGAACAACUCACUCGAAGUUGUUCAAGAAAUGAUCGAAAACUUAACUGAUUUAGUCAAUGCUGAUCGAUACUAUAUCCGUCAUGAUGUGGUUACCAUUCAAUCGCCAUCGGGAUUGAAAAAAGAUCGAUGUAUCUUUUUAUUCAAUGAUUUGAUAAUCAUUACAAGUUGUAAGCGAAGAAGUGGAACAUUAACAAAGAAGCCGACAUCUUCGGUGAUUAUAAAUUCACCUUCAGGAAAACAAUACAUUGACAAUGCAAAACAUAAAUUAAUUAUGAAGAUUUCAUUGGAGAGUGUCGAUCUAGCUGCAGAUCAUGUAAAGAAACGAGGAACACCGCCAACCAUAGUUAAAUCUCACUCCACUGCCAGUUCAGGCGGAGAGAAAUAUCGUCAUUUAGAAGACGAUGUUGUCACUCUCGGACAAAUGAGUGAUUUGGCUAAAACGAUCACUGUUCCUCAUCAACAUCUAGACGAGUCGUUAAGAGAAACUCUUCAUGUAAUCAACAAACACAUCACUGACGAAACAUCAUCCGUAUCAAGUGUACGAACCACAAGUCCGGAACCAACGACAACAGAUAUUUUGCAACAGAAAUCCAAUAAUAUUCAACUAAUCAUGCAUACACCAGAACGUACGGAAACGAUUGAUGUUAUCUUUUCGUCUGCCGAACAUCGAGCAACCUGGCAAAAGAGCUUUCUUGAAGCGAAGAAAGCUCUUUUCGAAGCUGCAACGGGCCGACGAAAUAUCAGUUUUCAGCAUGUUCUAACACUUCCACAUAGCCGCCCAGGAAGUCAAUUUUCUUGCGGUGCGCCUCGUUUAUCAUUAGGUGAUAUUUGUAUUUGUAAUUCCGAUGGUCAAGUAUGUUUGGUUAACGUUCAACCUAAUGUAACAAUAAAAGCCUGCAAUACAGUGAUAUCAUCACGUAUUAAUUGUGUUGCUUAUGUUCCAUCACACAAAGGUCGACGAACGGGAAGUAGUAUAAAGCAUCGUCAUCAUCAACAUAAACAAAAACAUCAGGAAGAUGAUGAAGGAGAACGACAAGAAGAUAAACACGAAGAACAUUUGUUGAAACAAGAAGCAGGUUUAACAAUGAAGAAUUCCGAUGUGCCCACAACUGUCGAAUCAUUUUUUGACAUCGAUUCGAGUGAUGACGAAGAUACAUCGACGAUCAAUAACGAAGAUGUGUUCUCAAUCGAUUCGACAACGCCGUCACAACAAUGCAUUUUACUGGAAAGUGACCUUCCUAAUGAACAACAAGAUACAAGAGAAGCUACGAUGUGGUUAGGCACCGAUGAUGGAAUAAUUCUAAUCUUUCAAUGUACAGAGACGAUGAAAACAGUUGCAAGAAAGAGUCGCAUUGUUAAACAACUUGGAUCUCCGAUUCAUUCCAUCUUAUAUACCGACAACAAAGUCUUCGUUGCGCUGAGUCAUGGUGAACUAUGUGUUUUUCGGCGAGAUUUAAGUGGCCAUUGGGAUUUAGAUUGUCCAACAAUUCGAUCUAUUGAAGAAGACGCUCUUCGAUGUGGUGGCGGUGGUGGUGGUAAUGGACAUCAUGAUAUCGAUGAUGGAGAUAACGUUGAUCCUAUAUCUGUCAUGGCCUUGGCUGCUGGAAGAUUAUGGUGUGCUAUACGCGAUCGUAUAUUUGUCGUAUGUCCAAAUUCACUCAACGUCGAACAUUCAUUUCUUGUUGACGAUUGUCAUCGUCAUGUGUGUAGUAUUGCUCCAGGAGGGUCAUCGAUGCAUCAUGUUUGGAUAGCAUCUCAAGGUUCACAUGAAAUUCGUCUUUAUCAUGCAACACAUUUUGUCUGUCUAUUGGAAACAAGUAUUCGAACUGCAGUAACACAAAAAUUGCAAGUAUGUGAUGAUAUUAUUCGAGCUCAUAAAUUAGGCUGUCUAAGAGUCAGUGCUCUUCAUAUAUGCAAAGAAACACUCUGGGUUGGAACAAGUGCAGGUGUAUUGCUUAACAUCUCUGUUCCACAACUACUCGAUUCGGGCAAUAACAAAUUAACUGCCAGUUCAUUGCACUUGAAAAGUCUAUCGUUUGGUCAUGCGGGACCUGUACGAUUUAUCCUUUCAACAGAUACAACGGUUGUCUCUUCUGCUGAUGAUAGUACAAAUAUGAAAACGAUUGUCUUGAGUAUCGGAGAUGGUUUUGAAGAUUACGCAACUAAUGAUGAAACAUUGGGCAAAGAUGAUGCACUUCCUCAUGUGAUAGUUUGGCAACUAUGA